GCUUGCUCUACUGUAACGCAGUGCUAGUGUAUUGUCGCCGUAUCUCUGCGGCCGUAUCUUGGGUUUCACGCGAUGCGUCGUUUUCUUGUACCGUUCUGACUGCUUCUAGAUGAGUGUCACUUAUGCCCGUGAUCCCGACUCCCGGGUGCGUCAAUUCCAUUCAUCUCAUAGGCUCACUCGUGUCGGAGGAGUCGCAGGUACCACUGACAUGGAAUGCAGGGCCAGUUCGCGGCCUGCUCGCAAUGGCUGAUGCACCAUACGCUCGCCGUCGCUACCGAGCAAAUGUGUGCCAAGUGGCAUGCCUCACGACUCAGAGACAUCAACACAGCUGGGUGACUCUGUGUCAUAUGGCCUGUUCUUUGCUAAAGACCGACGCGAGCAUGGCCUCGCAUGCUGGUCGGAUAAUCUUCACUUCGGGUGUUCAAACGUUCACCACGCUAACCCAGGGAUAUGGCUGGGGGCAUUAUUGCAUCGCAGAAAGUAGCGGAGGAAGGGCUUCGCGUAUUGCGCGAGAAGACCUCCUACCCUCGCAGUCUCGCGUCGUUUGCUCUACGUCUUGCGAACGUGGUCCAGCGGAUACACACAAACGUAAUAGCCUUCCCGGCCUGGUGAGACGUCUCACCAGCUGGAUUUUGCAAAGGCUGAACGUGCAUGGCGGGUCAGGUUGCCAAUGUAUGCAGCCGAAGCAUCGUUCCCCAACCAACGAUGAACUGCCGUGUAGUAGCGCAUGCCUCUGCGACGGCGCGGUCCCCACGAGCGCGUCAAUUCUGAGAAGGCGCUGUGGUUGACUGGCCAAGUCGAACAGCCGGUCGCAAGCCAUGCUGCUCGGAAGUCAGCAGACGGAAGCGCCCUGUAUAAGAGCAAGUCAGGUGCAGCAGCCUGGCCGUCACGAUGCGACGCUUGAAACCACUCGCGUAGGUA